UGUCAAACCACCUUUUCCCCUUGCUGUCUAUAAGACCACUGUCACGUCAUCUCCGCAUCACCUCCUACCUCGCUUUUCUAGCUAGAUGCUAAGCACUGGUAUUCGUGCUCCUAGCAGUCAGUUUGAAAAGCAUCGCGAACCGUCAAGAUGAAGACUGAAUCUGUCAUCCAAUUCAACAGUAACAUGGUUCUGUUGAAGAUUUGCGUGUGGACCAGUCUCAUGUUGGUCCUCCCUCAGUGUACGUAUCAGUCAUGCACAGAAGGAACACCCAGACAGUGCGUAGAAGCAGAAUUUGCUCCAGGUACCAAUCUGGCCGGGGAAGGUUUCGACAUCACCAAAAUGGAACGCAAGGGUGCCUUUGUGCUUGACAUGAAUAAGUGGAAACGAAAGGACAAAACAUGCACACUGUGUACCAACUCCUAUCUGGAGAACAAAAAGCAAAAACUGCCCUUGUCGGUGUUGGACUGGAGGACAAAACAGUUCUGCAGUAUGAAAGUGGCCACUAAACUUCACAAAUCCAGUGAGUCUCUACUCAGUUCCACCACAUCUUCUGUUGAAAACAACUGGAAAGUUGGCCUAGAAUUUAGUAAGAAUGACAAAGGAGCCUCGCUGAUGCUGGCUGGAACCCAUUCUAAACUAGCUGAGUACUCUAUGGAGAAAACAAAGAAUGACAAGUUCAGCUUCUCAAGUCAAAGCAUGUCCUGUGAGUACUACAGCUACAGAGUGUCCAGCACUCCCAGGUUGCACAGAGAAUUUCAUAAAGCAGUGAAGCAGCUCCCCAAAAUCUACAGCCCAGGAACCAAGCAACGAUUUUACAAACUGAUUGACACCUUUGGCACGCAUUACAUCACCAAGGUGAAACUGGGGGGAAGAGUUGAAUCUGUGACCAGCAUCAGGCAGUGUCAAGCAAGCCUACAAGGCCUCAGCGUGGAGGAAGUGGAAAUGUGUCUGGAAGCUGAGGCAUCUGCGAGCAUCAAAGUUGAAGUAAAAACUGAAAUGAAACACUGCCAGAAGGAUGCUAACAAGAUGGAAAACAAAAAUUCUUUCUCCAGCCUCUUCAAUGACAGGUUCACAGAAAUAAAGGGGGGCCAUACCACAGAGCCAGACCUUCUCUUCUCUGCUGACAAAAAUCCAUCAGCCUACAAAGAAUGGCUGAACACAUUACCACAGAAUCCAGAUAUAAUCUCAUAUUCCCUGGACUCUCUGCAUGAAUUAUUGCCUGUAAACACAUUUGUCCGGAAAAACCUGCGCUCUGCCAUUAGCCAUUACAUCCUGGAGAAAGGCCUGAUGAAGAACUGCAGCGACCGUUGUCAGGUUGGUAUUAAGAGCGACUCGAAGGAUUCAUGUGUGUGCCAUUGCCACAAUGAACCUGCUGUGAACACGGAUUGCUGCCCAACACGUAAGGGCAUGGCACGGGUCAUUGUAACAGUUCAACGAGCCGCUGAUCUAUGGGGAGACCACAGCACAGCCACAGACGGAUAUGUCAAGGUGUUCUUUGGCAGAGAGAUGGUCCGCCGUACUCAUGUCAUUCAAAAUAACAACAACCCACACUGGGCCAUAGUCGAAGACCUGGGCCCCCAGGAUCUGUCUGGAGGAAACAAAUUGAGAUUUGAAGUGUGGGAUCAGGACAACAACUGGGACGAUGACUUGUUAGGAGAAUGUGAGCAGGUUCUGUCUGCAGGAGUAAAGGAGGAUCUGUGUAAUUUGCAGCAUGGCAGGCUGUACUUCAAAUGGGAAGUGAAGUGUGCUCCAAGUCUGAGUGGAAAAACAUGUAUGGAGUAUAAACCAACACCUAUGAGUCAAAGUCUGAAGAAGUUGUACGUGUCACGUCAUUCACAUCCUAUUCCAAAGGCCAUCCUAUUAGAGAUGGGUGUGUUUGCCAAUGAAUCAAGUUCAUGGAAAAAUCAGUCUUACUUCUGAGAGUCAAAUGUAUGAUGUCAAAUAACCCAUGACUGGUUUUACCGAGGCAGAAUUGAAACAUGAUUCAUUUAAUUUGGUGUGCCGAUGACAUUAAUUUAAUCAAAAGGGUUUCUCAAACCAGUAUCACGAUAAAUAAGAUGGGGAGUAAAAAAUGGCUAGAUAUUAUUCAAAAUGUUUAGCUUUUGCUUGCAGUUUUUUAGCAUUUGUCCCACAACAGUCUCCAUAUAUAUUUGUAUAAUUAUUUUGACACUUAUUAAUGUUGGAUGAGUGAAAUAUUCAGAUCACUGGAAUGUAUUGUUUUCAAUCCAUUUGUCAAUUUUGUUGUAUAUUUAUCUAUUUGUUUCUUUUAGUGUCAGUUAUAAAUGUACUAUAUGUAUCGGAAAUUAAGCAGCAUUGCCUUUGUACAUCAUAUCAUAAGCAGCAGAUCAUAUAAAAGUCCCCGCAGGUCAGUUUGAUUGAUAUAGCUUCUACUUACAACCUGAAAAACCGAAAUAACAUGUUUGCAGACAGAUGUACUGCAUUUUAUUGUGUCUACAAAACAUUUACAACAUGUAAUAGUGUGUGUAAUGUAUUUAGUCACAGUAUCAUUUUUAGGAUUUUUGACACGCUGGUUUAUCUACAAUAAAGACAUUCGUAUUG